AUGAACAACACCGACGUGCCCUACAAGCAGCUCAGAGGCGGGUCGGAGGUGUGCCUCGAUGUGUAUCCCCCGGCUGCGGAAUUCUUGACCGGCUCCGUGACGCGUUUGCCGGCCGUCGUCUACUAUCACGGGGGAGGCAUGACCGUAGGGACACGCACGAGCUGGUUCCCGACAUGGCUUCAAACGCGCCUCAACGCGAAGGGGAUUCUGUUCAUCUCGGCCGACUACCAACUGAUCCCGGCAUCGUCAAUGCAUGACGUCAUCCGGGACGUGCAGGAUCUCUUCGCGUUUCUAGGGAACGAGGCGACCGUGUUCAAGGUUCCCGGUGAUGCCGGACGCACCUUCGGGGUUGACAUGGCGUCCGUGGCUGUGGCCGGGUCGAGUGCCGGGGGUUAUGUCGCCUAUCUCACCGCGCUGCAUGCCACGCCGAAGCCCAAAGCGGUGCUUUCGCUGUACGGGCUCGGUGCGGAUUUCCUGAACCACCAAACGCUGGGUCUCAAAUUCGAACCCUUCUUUCUCGGGCGCGAGAUGCUUGAUCCGAUCGACUUUGCUGAGUUCGUUUACCCCGAAAACACCAAGCUGGAUCCCACAUCCGAGUCUACACUCACGUACUUCCCGACCACGCAUCCGACGAAGCCGGGCUGGCCGUCCAAUCCGCGGCUCCCCCUGUGCCGGCUGCUGCUGCAGAUGGGUGUUUUCCUCGACUACCUGGCCGGCCAGCAUGAGCCCAGCCUGUCUCUCGCGCUGCGCCCGCUGCUCGAGAAGUCCUCCGACCCGGCGAUCCUGCAGGAAGAGCUCGGCCCACUGGUGCCGGAGGAGCACCGUCGGAUUUUCCCGCAGCUGAACAUCACUCCGGAGUUCCCCCCGACAUUUUUCUUCCACGGAUCGGAGGACACCGCAGUGCUCCCAUCCGACUCGGUGCAUCUGCACUCGCUCCUGAAGGGCGCGGGUGUCGAGACCAAGAUCAUCAUCAUCGAUGGGGCAUCGCACUCGCUGGACUACCACAAGGACGCCGAGACGAUGUACAAGGCGCAUUUCGAGGAGAUGGCCGGAUUUCUGGCCACGGCUGUGCUCGGGUCCUAG